AUGCUGUACUUGAUCGGACUUGGAUUGGCUGAUGAGACCGAUGUCACAGUCAAAGGCCUUGAGCUGAUCAAAAAGGCAGAAAGAGUGUAUCUCGAAGCAUACACAAGUAUCCUGUUGGUAGACAUAGCGAACCUGGAAGCAUACUAUGGCCGUCCUAUUAUCGUGGCAGACCGCGAGAUGGUCGAAUCUGCAAGUGACGAGAUACUAGCAGGAGCCGAUACCUCAGAUGUCGCUUUCUUGGUGGUCGGAGACCCUUUUGGAGCCACCACCCACACCGACCUCGUCCUCCGAGCUAGAGAACUCCAGAUCCCGGUACGAAGCGUCCAUAAUGCCUCUAUAAUGUCCGCGAUCGGAGCUACAGGACUUCAACUCUACAAUUUUGGCCAGACUGUCAGCAUGGUCUUCUUCACAGACACCUGGAAGCCUUCUUCAUUCUACGAUCGACUGAAAGAGAACCAGCAAAUAGGCCUGCAUAGUCUUUUACUCCUAGACAUCAAGGUCAAAGAGCAAUCGCUAGCGAAUCUUGCCAGAGGCCGAAAGAUCUACGAGCCGCCUCGGUUCAUGACCGUCGCCGAAUGCGCAAGUCAGAUGCUCGAGACAGAGGAAGAGCGGGGGGAAGGCGUAUGUGGGCCUCAGAAUUUGGCUGUUGGUGUGGCUAGGGUUGGCGCUUGGAAUCAGAAGAUGGCUGCUGGGACGCUGAAGCAAUUGAGUGGCAUAGACCUUGGGGCUCCUCUGCAUAGCUUGGUAUUAUUGGGAAAGAAAACACACUAUCUGGAAAGGGACUUCGUUCGAGACUUUGCGGUCAAGCAGGACGUGUUUGAUACUGUAUGGAGCGAGCUAUACGAAGGGAAGCAGUGA